GUCCAUAAAGGAGCGGAAUAUAAGUAGAGCUCCUUCUAAUGACCCGACAUUCAAGACCAUAUCGUCGCGUUAUACGAAAAUGAUCCGCUUCACCGUAGUCGUCCUGGCUUUAGUCACCGUCUGUGCCGCGACGUCGAAGCCACGUCCAGUACGUCCACGUCCACCACCAGUCCUCGGUGGAUGGAGGGAUGUUGACCCAAACUCCAGCCCGGAGUACUUGGAACUGGCUCACUUUGCAGUGGGAUCGCAAACCAGAGGACUGGAAUACUACAAUACCGUAGUUGAAGUUACCAGAGCAAGGCAGCAGGUAGUUUCUGGCAUGAAAUACAGGCUGACGCUUACGGUGGUUCCAUCCACUUGUAAGGUCGGCGAAGCUGAGUAUAGCAGGGACCUUUGUCUGCCACAACCUGAUGCGCCAACAAAGCGAUGCCGAGCUCAACUGUACGUGGUUCCGUGGCAGAACAAGAAGCAGGUCACUUCCUUCAGGUGCCGCUAGGUUUUUCGCAUAACGGCGAAGAAGUAACGCAAGCAACAGUUGUGACUGCAGGAAGAAAUUGACUGUUGCAACCCUCUGCACUCCUAGAAAUGAACUUCACCGCAGUUAUGCUGUUCAUAAUAGUAACAAAAAAGAAAAGGCAUACGCCUCCCGCUUUCAACAGAUAACGAUAACAUUCGAGAUUAUGGUUGGCUAGGAGCGUGCCAUGCGGUGAAGUUCAUUUCUAAGAGUGUGGGUGCAUAGCCAGCAUCGAUACACCAGCUAUGUUUGUACUAUAGGUAAACAUACUUAGCGUGGGGCGUACGCACCCACUUAGUCAUAGCUAGAGCUUUUACGGGUUUUUUUAAAUCGAAACUUCUUCUCUAAUAAACUGUAUUUACCAAGUA